ACGUGUUUUCCGUGGCCGGUGCAGACAUGGCGGCCCCGGAGCGGCUCAGGGGCGUCACGGGGCAGUUGGCGGUGCUCGUGCUGUGCCUCUGCUCCGUGCCCUCGGUGUACGGGCUCCUGGAGGGCCUGUACUGCGGCACCGAGGUCUGCUACGACGUGCUCGGAGUGACACGCGAUGCCUCCAAAGCCGAGAUCGCCCGCGCUUACCGGCAGCUCGCCCGCCGCUUCCACCCGGACCGCUUCAGAGCCGAUCUGGAGGUGGAGAGCGCACAGGAGGCGCACAAGCGCUUCCUCCAGAUCGCCACCGCCUACGAAACUCUCAAGGAUGAGGACUCGCGGCGAGAGUAUAAUGACAUGUUGGACCACCCGGAGCAGUACUACCAACACUACUAUGCCUACUACAGGCGCAGGCUGGCCCCCAGAGUGGACGUGAGGCUUGUCAUCCUGGUCACUAUCUGCGCCAUCUCUGUGUUCCAGUACUACAGCUGGUACAGCAGCUACAAUGAGGCCAUAAACUACCUGGUGACCGUGCCCAAGUAUCGUCUGCAGGCGGCAGAGAUUGCCCGGCAGCAAGGCCUCCUGAGCCGAGCCAAAGAACGGGGCAAGAACCGGCGGAGCAAAGAGGAAAUCCGGGAGCAGGAGGAGGAGGUCAUCCGCCUCAUCAUCAAGACCAAGAUUGACAUCAAGGGCAGUUACCAGAAGCCCCGUGUCUGGGACAUCCUGCUGUGCCAGAUGGUGCUGGCUCCCCUCAGCCUGACCCGCUAUGUCGCCUGGUACCUGAACUGGGUGUACCGGUUCAGGCUGCGCGGGCAGGAGUAUGGUCCAGAGGAGAAGCUCUAUCUCAUCAGGAAGAACAUGAAGAUGUCCCAGUCCCAGUUUGAUACACUGGAGGACAGCACUAUCCAGGACUUCCUGCAGAGGGAGCUGUGGAUCCACGAGAACUACGAGGUGUACCGGUGCGAGCAGGAUGAGGAACUGAAGGUGCGCAUGGCCACAGACCCCCGCAUGAAGAGGUACCGACGCUGGAUGAAGAACGAGGGCCCGGGACGCCUCACCUUCUCUGACGACUGAGGGCUGCUAAGGGCCAGGGCAAGGUCAGGGGCUGGGCUCAGGCUCAGGAUGUUGGAGCUGCUGUAAUGCUCUGCUACUCAUGGCUGAAGCACACAUGGAGAUUUGGAGACUGGAGCAGGAUCCUUGGUGCUCUCAGCCCUUUGCACCAUUGGACAGUAACAUGACUGUCAGAAACUCUGAGGCUGUGGAGAAGUGUGCCGUCUAAACACAAUGCUCAAAGAACACAAAGGCCUCUGGACAGAAACAGCCCCAUCUAAUGGCCAAUGCACAGACUGCAGUGGCUUCAAAAUUACUCUUACCUGCUGUCUAGUCUGUAGCCCUUCAACAUGUGGAGGAAUUUAAAUUUCAUUCAUUCUAAAUAUAACAUGUUUAAAUUUUUUUAUUUGUAUAAAUACAUGUAAAAAGUC